AUGUCAAUGAUUUUAUUUGAACUUAACCUUACACCUUCAAUUUGUUAUAAUGAAAGAGAUUUAGGCCAUCAAGAAAACCGACAACGAAAAUUCUAUCAUAAUGAUAAUAUUGAAGAUUGUUUGGCGGUAUCAUAUGUCAUUUUCAAAACGUUAAAAGAACAAUUCUGCUCGUUUCCUCUCGAAACCAUGUCAACAAAUUCACUUGAUUUGGAAAUGAUAGAAAAUGAUUCAAACCGUGCACAAGUUGUGGCCACAGCUGUACGAGAAGCGUGCAACAUCGCUGCCGCCAGCCAAAAUCAGCAACAAGAUUGGGAAGCUGCUUGUCAAAGGAUUAUGAAUAACAAACUACUCACCGAUUCCGAAAAAACUGCAAUACUUGCCUUAUUUCAACCUUCUAAAGCUUGA